AUGGGGAAUUUAAUCACUUGCUCGAUAUCCUGUGAUGAGUGGAUGGAUAAAAUCUCUCAAUGGCUAGACAAGAAAGUUGGUUAUAUUCACGAUCUUGAGAAGAAUCUCGCCACUCUGGAGAACAGCAUGGUUAAGCUCAAGGCUAAGCGGAAUGAUUUAUUACGAAAGGCCACAAGAGAGGAGGAUAAAGGUGGACAAAGGCUGGAAGAAUUCCAGGUAUGGCUUAAGAAAGUUGAGUCUUUGGAUCAAAAAGUUGAUGCUCUUCUUGAUGCUAGAGAUGUUCAACUUCAAAGGCAUGGAAACAUCUCAAGGAAAGAUGGAGUUGGUAUUAUGGGUAUGUAUGGUAUGGGCGGAGUUGGGAAAACAACGCUUCUCAUGCAAAUCAACAAUAAGUUCAGUGAAGAAAGGUGUGGAUUUGAUUUUGUGAUUUGGGUUGUGGUGUCUAAAGAGUUACAUGUAGAGAAGAUUCAAGAUGAAAUCGCUCAGAAAGUUGGUCUUGAUGGAGAGAAGUGGGAGAAAAAAAAGAAGAGCCAAAAGACCAUUGAUUUAUACAAUUUCUUGAAGAAAAAGAGAUUUGUGUUGUUUUUAGAUGACAUAUGGGAGAAGGUGGAUUUAACAGAGAUUGGAGUCCCAUUUCCAGCACCAGAAAACCGAUGCAAAGUAGUCUUCACCACUCGUAAACAAGGUGUAUGUUCGGAGAUGAUGGCUGAAGAACAAUUGGAAGUCCAAUGUUUGGCGGAAAUUGAAGCAUUUGAUUUGUUCCAAAAGAAGGUUGGACAAAAAACACUAGACAGCGAUCCAGAGAUCCCCAAGCUUGCAAAAGACGUUGCUAGAAAAUGUGGUGGCCUUCCACUGGCGCUCAAUGUCAUAGGGGAGACCAUGUCAUGCAAGAAGACGGUGGAAGAAUGGCGUCACGCGAUAAAUGUUUUGACUUCGUACGCUACAGAGUUUUCUGGCAUGGAAGAUAAGAUCCUUCCACUUUUGAAGUAUAGCUACGAUAAUCUUAAGGGCGAGGAUGUCAAAUCAUGUUUGCUGUAUUGCGCUUUAUUUCCAGAAGAUGAUCUGAUUUCUAAAAAGUAUUUGAUAGACUACUUGAUAUGCGAAGAUAUUAUAGAUGGAAGUGAAGGUAUAGAAAGGGCUGAGAACAAGGGGUAUGAGAUAAUUGGUGAUCUUGUUCGUGCAUCUUUGUUGAUGGAAGAUGCUGAUAUGGAACAGAAUGUGUGCGUAUGCAUGAUGUUGUUCGCGAAAUGGCAUUGUGGAUUGCAUCUGAAUUGGGAAGAGAAAAGGAGGCUUUCAUUGUGCAUGCAGGUGUAG